AUGGCAAAUAUCCGGCUCCUCUCUAGCCAAGGGAUGUCGGAAAUACUAUGCGGAGGUGGCGCUGGACAUCGGGGGCUGUGGCUGCAGGACCUCCAGUCGCCCACCGACAUCAUCCCCGACGAUGUCAAGAUUGAGCGGCUGAACUACCGGCAGCUCUCGCGAGCCACCGGCAUCUCGCUGCACGUGGUGCAGCGCUGCGUGCGAGAGACCGUCCUCUUGUACUGUCACCUCCUGAGGAACAAGGCGCACGUCUCAUUCGCCUUCAAGAACAUCGGCGUUAUGACGUACGAGGACGACUUCCUCUGCAUGAGGUUCUUAGAAUUUGGGCCGGCCCGUUCUGCUGACUUCGGGUCAGAGACUACCGCUCAUGGAAUCCAGGUGUUGCCGAGGUUCAGCUCGCUGUGA